AUGUCUUGGUUUUUCACACUACUCUUUUUGAUCAGUUCUCUCUCAUUGACUACUCCCUCAGAAGCUAGCCAUGAGAAGAAGCCCCCAUCUGCAGUUGUUGUAGGCACUGUCUACUGCGACACAUGUUUCCAAGCAGAAUUCUCACAUGCCAGCCACUUCAUUUCAGGGGCUUCUGUUGGUGUAGAAUGCAAAGAUGGGAGUUCAAAACCAAGUUUCCAGACAGAAGUGAAAACUGAUAGCCAUGGAGUGUUCAGAGUCCAGUUGCCUUUCUCUGUGAGCAAGCAUGUCAAGAAAAUUGAAGGGUGUUCUGUGAAAUUAAUCAGCAGCAGUGAACCAUAUUGUGCUGUGGCCUCAACAGCCACUUCAUCUUCACUGCAUCUCAAGUCAAGAAAGCAAGGAACCCACAUUUUCUCAGCUGGGUUCUUCACCUUUAAGCCUCUAAACCAGCCAAGCCUAUGUAACCAAAAACCAAGCAUUCAAAACUCCAAGGAAUUCAGUUCUCAGAAAAUCUCUUUUCCUCCAACUGAUGAGCUCACAUUUCCACCACCAACUCAAAACCCCACAAUACCUGAUCUUUCUCCUCUUCCUACGCUCCCUUAUCUUCCACCAUUGCCACAACUUCCUCCUCUCCCUCCCCUUCCAGGACUUCCUGGAAUUCCAAUUCCAGGAAUUCCAGGAAUUCCAGGAAUUCCAGUUUUACCCCCCAUUCCUGGUAAAACUAAAGAGGCAGGGCAACUAACUGAUAAAAACCCCACAAUACCUGAUCUUUCUCCUCUUCCUACAAUCCCUUAUCUUCCACCAUUGCCACAACUUCCUCCUCUCCCUCCCCUUCCAGGACUUCCUGGAAUUCCAAUUCCAGGAAUUCCAGGAAUUCCAGUUUUACCCCCCAUUCCUGGUAAAACUACAGAGGCAGGGCAACUAACUGAUAAAAAAGUAGCCCACCCAGAUGCUUUCUUCCCACCAAACCCAUUUCAGCCACCAUCAAUUUUGCCUCCAAAUCCACUUGUGCCACAGCCAACUCCACUUAUCCCCAAUCCAUUUCAGCCUCCACCAGCACCAUUAAUUCCCAAUUUGCCCCCAAUACCAGGUUUUACUCCACCAGCAGGCACAGCACCAUUGAUUCCCAACUUGCCACCUAUACCUGGUUUUACUCCAUCACCAUCACCACCACCACCAUCUCUCCCAUUCCUCCCUCCAUUACCAUUCCCACUCCCACCUAUACCUCGCAUCCCUGGAAUCCCACCUGCUUAUUCUUCUUCUUCAAAGCAAACUACUUCUCCUUGA